UGAUCUCACAACACCACUCAGCCACUCAUAUUUAUUUGAUUCAUUCCGCCAGUAGUUGUGUGGGUUCUAAACAUAAGUGUCGUGCAAGAUGCUCUUGCCGAUUUUGUUGAUUGUUAUUUUUAUAAUUACUGUUUUAGUUGCCGUUCACAUAAAAUUAACAAACUUCCAACAUCUUCCAGGACCCAAGGAAUGGCCACUAUUAGGCUGCUCACUAGAAUUUGUGAAUUUGAACUCUGUUGACAUAUUCAAUUUGCUUCGACGGUUCGCGCGUGAGUAUGGAAAAGCAUACAAAAUUUGCUUUGCGUACGACUACUCGCUUGUGUUUGCGAAACCGGAGAUAGCAGAGAAAAUCGUCAACACACAAUCGUAUGCUUCAAAAUCGGAAGACUACGAUAAGGUGUCGGAAUGGAUCGGUGACGGGUUGCUCGUCUCCAAAGGGGAGAAAUGGUUCAGUCGACGCAAAGUUCUAACUCCUGGAUUCCAUUUCAAAAUAUUGGAUAGCUUUGUACGGGUGUUCAGCGAGCAAAGUGAUGUGCUGUGUCGGAAAUUAGCCACCUACAACGGCUCUGAAGUGGAUGUUUUUCCCAUAUUGAAAUUGUUCACUCUGGAUGUCCUGUGCGAGACGGCCCUCGGAUAUAAAUGUCAUGCUCAAACGGAGAACUCAUUCUAUCCGGCAGCUGUGGAAAAAAUUAUGUCUAUCCUAUACAGACGUAUGUUUGAUCUGUUUGCCAUCUAUUUCUUCAGAUUCACCAGAGAAUAUAGAUUAUUUAAACGGCUAGUGCAUCAGACUCAACAGUUUACUUUGCGGAUAAUCGACGAACGCAGACGUCUUCUGAACGAAAAAUCAACAACAGAACAGUCCGAAAACGAGAUUGGUCGAAGAAAAAUGGCUUUACUGGAUAUACUGAUUCAGGCUACUAUUGAUGGUAAACCUCUCUCAGAUGAAGACAUUAGAGAAGAGGUAGAUACAUUCACAUUUGCAGGUCACGAUACAACCGCUUCAGCAUUGACCUUUCUCCUCUACAACAUUGCCAAAUAUUCCGAUGUACAGGAGAAACUUUUCGAUGAAAUAGUCUGCGUUGUAGGACGGGAUAAUUGUGAGCUCAGUUUACACCUUCUCAACGAUCUGCACUAUAUGGAUCUAGUAAUUAAAGAAUCUCUCAGACUUUACCCUCCAGUGCCGCUGAUAGCUCGACUUGCCACAGAGAAUACUCAAAUCGAAGAGUUGGACAUUCCGAAAGGUACCUGCGUAUGUGUUAACAUAUUCGAAAUGCAUCGCGAUCCAGAGUAUUUCGACGAACCAGAUGAUUUCAAACCGGAUCGGUUCGAAAGUAUCCGUGACAUGGGAAAAUCAAAUCCCUUCACGUACAUUCCGUUCAGUGCUGGAAGCAGAAAUUGUAUUGGUCAAAAAUUUGCUCAGUACGAAAUCAAGGCAGCCAUAACCAAAGUAUUGCAAAAUUUUAGAUUGGAACUAAACUCGACUAACUUUGAACUGAUUCUGAAGGCGGAAAUCGUAUUGAAACCAGCUGGAAAGCUACCAAUUAGAUUCGUAAAAAGAUCUUCAUAAAGUUCCAAGUGUUUCUUGUUAUUAUCGUAUCAUAAAUUAUUUUUAUUUCUCAAA